AAUAUAACCUUCGGUUAAAAGUUUGAAAAUGUUUGAACACAAGUGAGACAUCAACUGAUUGCUAGUUUAGUGAUAAGUUAAUUGCAAAACACAGUCUUUUUCUCCCAUAUUAAACAUUACUCUGAUAUGAGUUUAACACUAAUUGAAUUCAACACAUCUAUUAUAGACAACGUUUGACAUACAAUUAGUCUAAUUGUCUUUGAAACUGAUAUAGCUUUGAGAUAAAUAACAAUAAAAACAAUCAGUGAAAAUGUCUGAAGAGAAAGAUAAUGCGGGUUUGACUACAACUGAGAAAAAUAUUAUUAGAAAUACGUGGGAAUUGGUUAAGAAAGAUGUGGCGGGAAAUGGAUACGACCUCUUCAUUAGAUUUUUUGACGAAAACCCAACAUAUCAGCAGUUAUUUAAAUCAUUCAAAAAUGUGCCCAAAAGUGAGUUGAGGGGUAAUAAGCGUGUGUUGGCUCACGCGACCAAUGUUUUAUAUGCCAUCUCUAUGCUCGUCGACAAUAUCGAUGACACAGAAGUAUUGGUUGAAAUGCUGAAGAAGUUGGCCACAAACCAUCAAAUGCGUCACAUUUCGUAUAACAUGUUUGAAAAUCUCAAGAUUACAUUAGUAGGACUUCUUAAAGACAAAUUGGGUUCAACUCUCAUGAAUGACGAAGCAAUCAAUGCUUGGGAUAAGACUUAUAAUGUCAUCCUCUCUGUUGUCAAACCAGUCUUAGAAAAUGUGACCGAAAAUGAAUGAGUUAUAAACUAUACAAUAAUUGACAACAAAUAUAUUUAUACAGUUGUCGUACGGCUUAUAAUUUGAUGUCAUUUAUUAUAAACACUCAAUUUUAAUAUAUAUUUGUUAUUAAUUUUAGUUGCUUUUACUAAUCAAUUAUAAUACAAUUAAUCUCAUGGCUUAAAAGAUUUGGAAAAAUAUUGUCUUUAAAUAUUUGUCUCACAUUUUAUAUCUAACUUAUAUAAUGAUUAUUAAAUGU